AUGAGGGUCAUCAACAGGAUACAGAGGAUUGGGGCUCAAGCGAUCAUUGGAACCUUCAAUACAGUGGCCACAGCGGUCGCCGAAGCAGAAGCAAGCAUACAACCAGCUCAGGAACGAUUCGGCAGGAAAGCGAUCAAGUUCUGGGUGCGUCGCCAGACUCUGCCUACGAGUCACCCGCUGCGACGUAUCAGACCUCAGAGCUUCAAGAGGCACAUCUCACCUUUCCAGAAGAUGGCCACAGCAUACCAAGACCUACCAGUAGAUAGGCUGGAGACCAUCGAAGCGUUCCCCCAGGCACCCUGGGAAGACCGAAUCCGUACGGUAGUGGAAGAAGACGGCGAUAGGGCGAGCAAGGCGGCCCAGACUGGGUGGGCCGUGAGGGCUGCAAUAGGCAGCUCGGCAAGAAACGGAAUCGUGGGCUACGGAACAGCAGUACUGCUCCCAUUGUCACACAGGAGAGGCGGCUCCAUGACGACAGGAUCAACCACCGUCGGCCCUAGGACAAAGCAAAACCCAUAUACGGCGGAACUCAUGGCGAUAGCAGCGAUGCUGAAGUCUCUUUCGAAAAGGAUCCGUUAUCGUGCAAUCUAUGUGUUUUCCACCAACAAAGCGGCCGUCAUAGCAGCAGGGGGACCGCGACAACAAUCAGGCCAACAACAGAUCCGUCACAUUAAUGAGGCAGCAAAGACGCUCACAAGUAAAGGCAACAAGGUUACACUCUUCUGGCUUUCGGCUGAGGUAGAGUCCGAUCUCAAGCUCCAGGCUAAAACGGCGGCGAAAGAGAGUACGCAACAAGGAAGGACGCCGAGGAAGAAGCCAACUAGGGCCUACUCAACCACACUUAGAAGCGCAACGAGGAGAGUACAGAAGUACUGCAGACUACCAGAAGGGGUAGGACAGUUCUCGAAAAGGGUUGACGUUGCCCUGCCGGGAAAACACACACGGCAACUGUACGACUCGUUUUCAUGGAAGGAGGCCAGCAUACUGGCCCAGCUGAGGACGGGGAUGACUAGUACGCAUAGAGGCAAUCUGUCAUUUUACUUCGGCGGGAAGACCGCAUCCGACCCCGGCGAUUGGUCGCCAUACAUGGACGUCGUGAAGUUUGCCAUGGCAACGGGACGAUUCGAUAUGCAGAUCAACCAAACAUAG